AACAACAGUGGCUCCCCUUUCUUGGCGGGAUCACUCCAGUCAACACCAGAGCGUACGCCCAUCUCUGAGCGCCCGGUGGAGAUCACUCGAGAGGUGGGAGGGCAAUUGUCCAUGAACGUUGUUACCACACUUGUGGGUCCAACUGUCAUGGCCAAUUUGAUCCAGCUUAUUCCACAGAUCGCUGGAAAGAAGACAGAAAAGUUCGUCAAUGGCAACCAUUAUGUUCUUCCGCUGAGCUCUGGCUACUUGGCCAGCUCGCACCGGGUUAGCCCUGGUGCAGAGCACACCCCUCACCAGCCAUGGAAUGAGUCUCACAAUGUUGUUGCAACAUUGGACUACGACGAGGAAGAAACCUUCUUGAGUGCCGCCCAAGUUCAAGAUGACCGGGCAUUCUUCAAUCUCGGAUCCAUGAUCGAGUGUACAGUCAGUCCCGUGGAGACUCUCCCUUCUGGCAACUCUGAGGUUGUGAGGAAUUUCCUCCGUCAGGGCUGCUACAGGGCCGUGGUGAUGCACGAUACUAUGUUCAAGUCCGUGUACACCCCCCAGCGCCCAGAUGAGCUUGCAGCUCACUUCAAGAUCAUCAAUCGCAGGCCAGUUGCCAGUGAGGCAUUUGAAGAAGUGGAAAAAAGAGGUCGACUAGCUUUCCUGCGGGAUGAGCUACCAGCCACCGCGACAACAGUUGGCGCAUCAGGAAACAAGGGCGCAGGCACGAUGACGUACGCAGAGCGCAACCCUGGAGCGCUGCCUUUGUGA